ACAGUUGCUAGUAGCAACCGUAGAGCGCAGUACUUCCAGGUGAAAAGUCACUUAAAAGCCUCUCAAAUAUGGCUGCCCCCUUGGAGCUGUUCUGUUGGAAAGGCGACUAUGGAUUACCUUCAGUAGAUGUCGACUGUUUAGCUGUGCUGGCCUAUGCCAAGUUUGCUGGUGCUCCUCUUAAAGUUCACAAAAUCACCAACCCAUGGAGAAGCCCUACAGGUACUCUGCCUGCUCUGAAGACCAGGGAAGAAGGAAGCAUCUCCCAACCCAGUAAGAUCAUCAUUCAUCUCAGGAAACAGAAGUACAAUGCAGACUAUGACCUAUCAGCAAAGGAGGGCGCAGAUACGCUUGCCUUUGUCUCCCUGCUGGAGGAGAAACUGCUACCUGCACUGAUCUACACACUGUGGAUAGACUCUAAAAACUAUGUGGAUGUUACCCGCUGCUGGUAUGCAGAAAACAUCUCCUUCCCUCUCAACUUCCUGCUACCCAACCGCAUGCAUUGCCAGCAGCUGGAGAAGUUGAGGCUCAUGAGGGGAGACCCAGUCCUGGAGCCUGGUGAACAGCUGGAGAAAGAGCUUUGUCGUGAUGCAUUUGAAUGUAUGACCCUCCUAUCGCAGAGACUGGGGUCACAGAAAUUCUUCUUCGGAGACUCUCCCUCAUCGCUGGACGCGUAUGUGUUUGCACACCUGGCUCCUCUGUUGAAGAUCAAACUGCCCAAUGGAAAGCUCCAGCAGCACCUCAACUCUCUGAACAACCUGCAGCAGUACUGCACCAACAUCCUAGCACUCUACUUCCCCUCUGAUGCACGAGAGACACCAGGUCGCAAGAUUCAUGCUCAGCCUGAUAGCAGUGACUUGGACAACGAGCCCCACAAACGGCGUAAUCAGAUUCUGUCUGUUCUGUUCGCUGUGGGAGCCAUGCUGGGUUACGCCAUCCUCACCGGGAUCGUUACGAUCAAGCGUGAGCGGCCACAGCUGAAGAACUCAGGUCAUGAUGAUGGAGAUGAAGAAGAUGAGGACUAAAUAAAGAAGAAAACAUGGGAUGGGAGCCACAUGCACACAUUAUCACUCACCUGCAAUUCAGAGUGAAGCUGGGCACACUAUUACCUCAGUUCUUUAUAAUCUCCCAUCAUGCACGUGUGCGCUAUAACAGAAUCACUCACUUGAUGUAGCCUCAAGCGAGUCCGUACUGGUGCUUUUAAUAAUUGUUAAUAUAAUUGUUACUAUAAUAGUUGUGAUCUGUAAUUUUGUCAGGUCUUGCAAGGCAGGAAUUUUGACUUCAGGUCAUUAAAAGAUGUAUCAUCACAGUUUUAAUGUUUUAUCUUCUGGACAGCAUUCAAGUAAACUGGGUAACAUUUAUCUUCCAUAUUAAAAAGACAAACACUUACAUGAGAAAA